AUGGAAGUCAAAGUCCUUGAAUCCCUUACUGAGGAUCAGAUGGGCUCUAGCACCAAUGACCCCAGCAACGUGCAGAUGUGGGCUCUUAUUGUCUCACAAGAGCUAAUUGCACUCGUUCUUUCCAACUCUGCAUUCGCUGCAUUAUGUUGGUUGCUUAAAAUCAGCUACAGUGGGAGUGAUUACACCAUGGAAAUCAGCAAGUGCUACAAAUCAAGGAUUUUUUUUUUUCCAGAGAGCCGAUGUACCAGAAUACCACUGAUUAGACUUGAGCUGACAUUUACAAUCAAGUGUGCUCCGUUGGGGCCAGAGGAGGGUUGUGGAGUCAGAAAACCAGGUGUGGCAUGGAGUGAGUCACCACGGUCAUUCACCACUUCCUGGCCUGGACAUUGUGAUUCACAGGCUCUUGAACCUGAUAUCCAGGCAGCAACAAGAGGUGGGGUCUGGAAGAAAGCAAGUGGACAGUGGGCGACAGUGCAACUAGGCUAUGUCAGGAGUAAUUGGAGGUCUGCAGGGCCCUGGGGAGGAGAGAAAGGCAAGCACAUGGGGGAGGGGAUGGCAGAUCCUAACCGAAGCCGGAGAUUCCCAGCUACCUCCAACCUCAGACGCCUCAACUCAGGGUUUCUCAGCCUCCUGGACCCAUGUCCAGCCUGGAAGAUUUGGACAGGGCAUGUUACAAAAGUGAUCAGUAACUCUGCUUGCUUUCUAAAUAGCGAGCUGCAGUCGCUGAUUGGCGCGCCACGGACCAAUGGGCGCGCCGGGGCGGCCCGGGCUGUCAGCGCGCGCCGCAGCAGUGCCGGCCGCAGCCUGUCCUCCCCUGCUCGGAGCCCCGCAGCCAGCGCAGCCUUCCCGGGAAGCGGGACCGCCGCUCGCGAGCGCAGCCCUGCCCAGCCCGCCAGCCGCGCGUCCGGGUGCCCGCGCCCCACGGCCACAGCCUAG